AUAAGUUGGAGCCUGGUUAUCCGGUCGGCUACUCCGACCAUUACCUCGUUACCAAUAUCAGAGCCGUUAAAACCCUAAAAACCCUCCUCUGCUUCUUCCUUUAGUUUUUCUCACUCUCCCGAUGUUUGAAAAUUGAAAUUUCAAACGCUCUAUUAUGACACAUAAAUGGAUCAGAUUUAUGCUAUGAAUUGAAAUGGCGGCUAGCAUGGGGAAGACCCAGUUGAUGAUGAAUAUGAAGGUGAUGGCAAGAGGAGGCCACGCCUUUUCUUCAAAAUCGUACCAAAAAUCAGUGCGUAUCGAGAUAAACAAAGUUGUUGGUGGUUCGCACAUUCAGUGGCGCGGAAAGUCUUAUACUGCCUCUGUUGCUUCUUCGGACAUACCAAGUGAUGCCCAGAAACGCCGGAGAAGGGUCUCCAAAGAUGAACGCCAAGCUAUGGUGGAAUCUUUUGUCAACAAGUACCGGGAGAUGAAUGGAGGAAAAUUCCCGAAUUUAAGUUUUGCUCAAAAACAAGUGGGUGGAUGUUAUUAUAAUGUUAGAAAGAUCAUUCAGGAGCUAAAACACAAAUCCAAGAUGUCUUCCUCAGAUAUAAGUAAGGAAAGCCCAUCACGGGAAUCAAAGGUUUCUGGGUCACAAGUAUCUGGGGCUCAAAAGACAUUGUCUAAAGAGGGUUUUCAUUCCAUUCUUGUUGCAACACAAAGUAAUCUGCUGAAAGGGGAGGCCAUAGCCUGUCCUUUAUUUGAGAAACCAAAGGAUAAUGAAGUGAAGGAAGCUCAGGAAAAUCAUCGGCUAAAAGAAGAAACUAAGCUUGUUUCUUAUCAAUCUAUUGAAAUAUCUGAUAGUGGAAAUACCAAAGGCAUUUCUCCAUCAGGUCUUAAGAAAGCAGAGGAUGAUAAAGAGGGGAAAGCUCUGCUCAAUGAUUUUGAUUUUGUUCCAGCUGAAGGUCAUCUGCUAAAAGGAGAUGUUGAAAAAGAGGAAGCCCAGGGUGGUCAUUCUGGCUAUGCAGUAACUGAAAGCUGUUUGCUGAUGAGGGAAAGUAAGAAAGGUUUACCUACGUUCCCUGAAAAUGCAGAGGACAAGAGAAAAGGGCAAGCUGUCUCUGAAGACCUGGCAAAUGAUGAUAGUCUGGAGUUUAGAGCAGAGCAAUAUCAAGGUUCCAUUGAGCUUGAAAAAGUUGCAAAGGAUGGUGGAGGUAGCUCUUGCUUCACAUCGGUGCCAAGAGUUUUUCAGAAAGUUGUGGGUGGGCAAUGGUUUCUCAUACUCCAAUGCCACAGAAACAGUAGCGGUUGCUUUUUGCACUUGGAGUUUUGGAAUGGCAGGAGGGGUUUUUUGAUUGUCCCUGAAGGUGAGAAGGGAUGUGGCUAGGAAGGUUUUUCUUACCAUCUCAAGAAGAUGGCUACCUUACGUUGAGGUGGUGUGGUUACAGAGAAACCUUCUACCUCAAAUGGUGUCUCUUUUGCUUCUGUUUUGAGGUCACCAACAACCUCACUGGCAAGAGACAACUCUGCCAUGGUGUCGAUGGGCAAGGAGAUCUGUGUUGCAAGUGAUUCUCGUUGCCUUAAGGGUAGUGGGAUGUCCUCUGUUAAGUGUACGAAAUUGGGGGAGGUGGAAGGUAUUUUGUGGGCUGUUAGAGCACAGUUGUCUAAUGUAUUUGAGGAAGUUUUAGUGUUGAUGAAUAAAGUAGAUGCAGGACUUAGCUUGGUAAUGGAGGUGGAAAAGGAAGAGGGAGUUUCUAGUUUGGGCCAAGGCUUGAGGGGGCCGGUGUGCCCACAAAUCUGUGCUAAGGGGAGUAAGUGAAUCUGUGGGCCUCAAACCCGAGCCCACCAGGCCCAUUAGGCCAGACUCUUUCUGGAGAGCCAAGGGGCUCUCUCGAGCCCGUGAGUCCCAGAGCCUGGGCCGUAAAGGCUCCUCCCCUCCGGCGGUUGACCUAGUUGCCCCACCAGCGGCACAGAACCCACCGACGGUUGCCAGCGAACAUACGAUGACAAAGAAUCAAAGCUCCCUGAGGCAGAAGGUGUCGGCUGGUAUCGACGUUUGCACCCUGGCCUUGGGGACCUCGCCGACGACACAGAACAAGCCGUUGAGCUUGCCUAUGGCUCAGAAAGUGCCGAUGGCCUCACCCAGGCCUCUAGUUAACAGGAUGGGCUUGCCCCCGACCUCAGCUAUGAGAACCAUUUUGAGCUCGUCGACGACACAGAAGAGUUGUCAUGCUCGCCCAUGUCCCAGACAGUGCCGAUGGCCUCAUCCAGGCCUCUGGCUAAUAUUUUGGGCUCACCCCUGACCUCAGCUAGGAGGAAAAUCUGCAUGGUGGCUUCGACCUCCACUGGGCUGCCUUGGGUCGUGCGCUCAGACGUUCCCUUGCACCAUUCUGGUCCCUCUCAACUCAUAUGUUCUCAUUAGGGGUCAAGGACUGCCUUCUUCUUCCAAUGUUUUGGAGACCCUUUCAAUGGUUCUAUGCACUGUGGAAGAAGGGGAUGAUGAGUCAUCGAUUGAAGGGACUCUCUCAGAUUAUGAGUCUUCACACGAUUCUGAUCUACAGCUAGCUUGGAAGCAGUUUGGAGUUGACAUGGAUCUAGGGGAUCCCGGAGACGUACCUAGUCCUCUAUGCUCGCUGCCACCAGUGCCUUUAUGGGCUGGCUUACAUCCUAAUUGGGUAUUACAAAAGGUUGAUGUUCUCUGACACUGCCUUGGGAUUUCAUGCGAAGGUUAUGAGGACUAGUUUAAAGCCCUUGUCAUUGCCAUAGAAGCAGGACAGCCACAUCUUACUAAAUCUGCUCCAUUAACUAUGAUGCAAGGGAAGGAAGUGCGAGCAGGGGAAGACAGAAUGAUAGAGUGAACCUCGGUGUUCCAUGAAGCCCAAGAUCCUUUCAUGGAAUGUUUGGGGCUUGAAUGAUCCAAGCAAGUGCCUUAGAAUAAAGAACUUAUUACAGGAAUGGAAGUCAGAUGUGAUCUGUUUGCAGGAGACUAAUUGAAGUAUAUUGACAGGCACUUAAUAAGAAGCUUGUGGAAUUGUCCUUAUAUGGGAUGGACCACCCUUGUCUCUAAGGGUGCUUCAGGGGGCAUAUUAGUAUUGUGGGAUAAGAGAGUAGUCAAAUUGGUGGAGGAUUUUGUUGGCGCAUUUUCAGUAGGUUGCUCUUUCUUAAAUGUAGAAGAUGGUUUCUUUUGGGGGUUCUUAGGUGUUUAUGGGCCAAAUCUUGACAACAAAAGACAACUUCUUUGGGACGAAAUAGCUGGUUUGUGUAGUUGGUGGGAUAUCCCGUGGUGUAUUGGAGACAAUUUCAACGUCACUCGGUUCUCGAGUGAAAGAUCAGAGGAUUCCAACAUGGGCUCAACCAUGGCUAAUUUUUCAGCACUUAUUUUUGAGAUGGAAUCGGUUGACCUACCUCUGGCGAGGGGAGAUUUCACUUGGUCGAACGGGAGAGCUUGGUCUAGGUUGGACAAGUUCAUUGUCUCUUCCUCCUGGGAGGUCCACUUCCCAACCUUUGCCAAAAAAGGCUUUUCAGACUUUGCUCCGAUCACUUUCCCCUCUUAUUAGAUUGUAGGGGUCUUCACGGGGAUGGAGAUAUUUUAAAUUCGAGAAUAUGUGGUUAAAGGUCGAUGCGUUCUCGGAGAAAGUUAGAUCAUGGUGGAACUCCUAUCAACUCAAGGGCACCCCUAGCUUUAUUUUGGCUGGGAAGCUAAAAACUUUGAAAAAUGAUCUAAGGAAAUGGAAUUUGGAAGUCUUUGGAAAUAUUAAUGACCAGCGACUUACUCUCUCUCAGAAGCUGCAACAAUUUGAUGUUAAUGAAUUGGGGGGACUCUUUCGGAGGAUGAUAAAGCAAGGAAAAUGGUAG